AUGUGGUACCUCAUGUCUGCUUACAUUCCUUUGGCCAGCGCAAGUCGUAUGGCUGAGCCUAAAGUCAAUGGGGAAUAUGAAAGCAAUAAAACUAGUAUCAAGGGUUCAGGCAUUAAGGCCAGCUUCCGAACAACGGUGCCUGAAGGUUUGAUUGUCUUUGCAGCAUCUCCUGACAAUCAAGAAGAGUAUUUUGCACUGCAGCUGAAGAAUGGGCGUCCUUAUUUUCUUUUUGAUCCUCAGUCUGCUUCUGUAAAGAGUACAACAACCAAUGAUAAUGAUAAACAAUAUAGUGAUGGCAAAUGGCAUGAAAUAAUUGCUAUUAGGCAUCAGGCUACCGGCCAAGUCACUCUUGAUGGGCAGUAUACAGAGAUAAUUCAAAAGGGUUUUGUGGGCUGUCUCAAGGACGUGCUUUUUAUGAAGAAUUAUAAUCCCUCUGUUAUCUGGGAACCUCUGGAGUGGCAGAGUUCUGAAGAGCAAGUGAACGUGUAUAAGAGCUGGGAGGGAUGCCCUACUGCGUUAGAGGAGGGAGCCCAGUUCCUAGGAGCAGGGUUCCUGGAGCUUCAUUCAUAUGUAUUUCAUGGUGGAAUGGACUUUGAGAUUUCCUUUAAAUUCAGAACCGACCAAUUGAAUGGCUUGCUGCUUUUUGUUUACAACAAACAUGGACCUGAUUUUCUUGCUGUGGAGCUGAAGAGUGGAAUACUGAGCUUCCUGUUAAAUACCAAUUUUACCUUUACCCAAGUGGAUUUGUGGCUGGGGCUGUCCUAUUGUGAUGGAAGGUGGAAUAACGUGACCAUGAAGAAGAAAAGCUCAGUCAUAACAGCGGGCACGAAUGAAGUGACGAAAAGUGCGUUGCAGUCCAGGGCUCAGCCUCUCACGGUGAACUCUGCAGUCUAUGUUGGAGGAAUCCCACAGGAGCUGCAGAACACUUCUAAACACCUGAGUUUUGAACAAGGUUUCGGUGGUUGCAUGAAGGAUGUUAGAUUUACACAGGGUGCUGCUGUUAGCUUGGCGUCUGUGUCCAGCAGUGCUGUCAGAGUCAAUCUGGAUGGCUGCCUGUCAACUGACAUUGCUGUUAACUGCAGGGGAAAUGACUCCAUCCUGGUUUAUCGAGGAAAGGAGCCGAGUGUUUAUGAGAGUGGGCUGCAGCCUUUUACAGAAUACCUGUAUCGAGUGACAGCCUCACACGAAGGAGGUUCAGUAUAUAGUGACUGGAGUCGGGGACGUACAACCGGAGCAGCUCCACAAAGUGUGCCAACUCCCUCAAGAGCCCGCAGCAUAAACGGAUAUAGCAUUGAGGUGACCUGGGAUGAACCUGUUGCGGUUAGAGGUGUCAUUGAGAAGUAUGUCCUGAAAGCACACAGUGAGGAAGAUCCCCAGGCACCCUCGGCCAGUACUGAGUUGGUCAAUACCAGCACCCUCACAGGCAUAUUGACAGGCUUGCUACCCUUCAGAAACUACGCAGUGACCCUAACUGCCUGCACUUUGGCGGGCUGCACCGAGAGCCCACAUGCACUGAACAUCUCUACUCCGCAAGAAGCCCCACAAGAGGUUCAGCCACCAGUAGCCAAAUCUCUUCCCAAUUCUUUGUUAGUCUCCUGGAAACCACCCAAACAAGCAAAUGGCAUUAUAACUCAGUACUCGUUAUACAUGGAUGGGAUGCUAAUCUAUUCAGGCAAUGGGGAGAACUACACAGUCACAGAUUUGGCAGUAUUUACACCCCACCACUUUCUGCUGAGUGCAUGCACACAUGUGGGGUGCACAAACAGCUCCUGGGUCAUCCUGUACACGGCACAGCUGCCACCAGAACACGUGGAAUCUCCAGUUUUGACCGUCUUGGAUUCUAGAACUAUAUAUGUCCAGUGGCAACCACCAAGGAAAGUAAAUGGAAUUCUGGAACGCUACGUGUUAUAUAUUUCAAAUAACACGCAUGAUUUUACAAUUUGGGAUGUCAUCUAUAACAGCACAGAACUUUUUCAGGAUCACAUGCUACAGAACCUUUUCCCUGGCAAUAAAUACAUCGUCAAGCUGGCAGCCUGCACGGCGGGUGGGUGCACGGUGAGUGAGGCCAGCGAGGCCUACACUGAUGAGAGUGUUCCAGAAGGAGUCCCAGCCCCCCGAGCGCGCUCAUAUUCACCUGACUCCUUUAACAUCUCCUGGACUGAGCCUGAAUAUCCCAACGGUGUUAUAACAAGUUAUGGAUUAUACCUAGAUGGUGUAUUAAUUCACAACUCCUCAGAACUCAGUUGUCAUGCUCGUGGAUUUGCUCCUUGGAGCUUGCAUUCCUUCCAAGUCCAGGCGUGCACAGCCAAAGGUUGUGUGAUGGGCCCGCUGGUGGAAAAUCGAACUCUAGAAUCCUCUCCUGAGGGAGCAGUGAACGUGUUUGUCAAAGCAGGGGGACCCCGAGAAGCCCAUGUAAAGUGGGAAGAACCUUCUUCUCCUAACGGACUCUUAACAUACUCAGUCCUUUUUACUGGAAUUUUCUAUGCAGAUCAAGCAGGUAAUAACUACACCCUUCUGAACGGCACACAAAUCGUGCACAGCAGUGAGAAGAGCAACCUUUGGGUUCUUGUCGAUGGGCUAAUUCCUUUUACUAACUACACUGUGCAAGUGAAUGUUUCCAACAGCCAAGGCAGCUUGAUAAGUGAUCCUAUAAUGAUUGCGAUGCCUCCAGGAGCUCCAGAUGGCGUGCUGCCUCCGAGGCUUUCAUCUGCCACUCCAACCAGUCUUCAGGUUGUCUGGUCUACACCAGCUCAUAACAACGCUCCAGGCUCUCCCAGAUACCAGCUCCAGAUGAGGCCUGGCCACUCCACCCAUGAAUUUCUAGAGUUAUUUGCUAAUCCUUCUGCAUCGUUGAGUUAUGAAGUGAGAGAUCUCCAGCCGUACACAGAGUAUGAGUUUCGGCUGGUUGCCUCCAAUGGAUUUGGCAGUGCUCGUAGUUCUUGGAUUCCAUUCAUGACCACAGAGGACAAACCUGGACCUAUAGACCCUCCAGUUCUUCUAGAUGUGAAAUCAAGAAUGAUGUUGAUCACCUGGCAGCAUCCUCUGAAGUGCAACGGGGUUAUUACCCACUACAACCUUUACCAACGUGGUCAUCUCUACUUGAAAACUCCUGGAAAUGUCUCUACUUACAUAGCGGUUCACCUGCGCCCAUAUACCGCCUACCAGUUUCAAGUAGAAGCCUGUACUUCAAAAGGAUGUUCCCUUUCACCAGAGUCUCAGACUGUAUGGACUCUCCCAGACGCCCCAGAAGGUAUCCCCAGUCCAGAGCUGUUCUCGGAUACACCGACAUCUGUGAUUUUAUCUUGGCGACACCCCACCCAUCCCAAUGGUGUAGUGGAGAACUUCACAGUUGAGAGAAGAGCCAAAGGGAAGGAAGAAGUUACUACCCUGGUGACUCUCCCAAGACAUCAUCCCAUGAGGUUUAUCGACAACAGUCCUGCUCUUAGCCCGUGGACAAAAUAUGAAUACCGGGUACUGAUGAGCACUUUCAAUGGAGGUACGAACGGCAGUGCUUGGGCAGAAGUCACCACGAGACCCUCACGGCCUGCUGGGGUACAGCCACCCAUGGUGCACGUGCUAGGACCCGACGCAGCCAAGGUCACCUGGUUACCCCCCCUCAUCCAGAAUGGAGACAUACUUAGCUAUGAGAUCCGCAUGCCUGACCCUUAUAUCACAGUAACCAAUAUUACUUCCUCAGUGUUGACUCAGAUAAUUACUCAGCUGAUUCCUUUCACUAACUACUCUGUCACCAUUGUGGCUUGCUCAGGGGGCAAUGGGUACUUAGGAGGGUGUACAGAGAGCUUACCUACCUCGAUUACCACCCACCCCACCCUCCCGCAGGAUGUUAGCCCUUUGGCCGUGGUCCCACUAAGUGAAUCGUAUGUUGGGAUUUCUUGGCAGCCCCCGUCCAAGCCAAAUGGACCUAACUUGAGAUAUGAGCUUCUGAGACGUAAAAUCCAGCAGCCACUUGCGUCAAAUCCCCCAGAAGAUUUAAAUCUGUGGCACAAUAUUUAUUCAGGAACUCAGUGGUUUUAUGAAGAUAAGAGUCUUAGCAGGUUUACAACAUAUGAGUAUAAGCUCUUUGUACACAACAGUGUGGGUUUUACAACAAGCCGGGAAGCAGCUGUGACGACGUUAGCUGGUCCUCCAGAGAGAGGGGCCAAUCUCACUGCACGGGUACUAAACCACACAGCUAUAGACGUGGAAUGGACUAAGCCAGCUCUUCAAGACCUACAAGGUGAUGUUGAAUAUUACACACUUUUUUGGAGUUCCACUACCUCAAAUGAAUCUCUAAAAAUCCUCCAAGAUGUAAACUCGCACGUCAUCGGCCCCUUAAACCCAAACACAGAGUAUCGGAUUUUUAUCUCUGUCUUCAAUGGCGUCCACAGCAUCAACAGUGAAGUUGUGAGCGUGACCACAUGUGACGGGGAGCCUCAGGGUAUGCUUCCUCCAGAGGUUGUCAUCAUCAACAGUACAGCUGUACAUGUCAUCUGGACAUCUCCUUCAAACCCAAAUGGUGUUGUCACUGAAUAUUCCAUCUAUGUAAAUAAUAAGCUCUACAAGACGGGAAUGGAUGUGCCUGGGUCGUUCAUUCUGAAAGGCCUGUCUCCCUUCACUAUCUAUGACAUUCAGGUUGAAGUCUGCACAAGGUAUGCCUGUGUGAAAAGUAAUGGAACCCAAAUCACCACUGUGGAAGAUACUCCAGAUGAUAUACCAACACCCACAGUUCAUGACGUCACUUCAAGAUCCCUUCAAAUUGACUGGGUGUCUCCAGGGAAGCCAAAUGGCAUCCUUCUUGGAUACGAUCUCUUACGGAAAACAUGGCGUUCAUGCCCUAAAACACAGCAGUUGAUGAAGGACCACAGUGGUGGGUUCUGCAAGGCGGUGAAAUGUCACAAACCUGAAGAAAUCUGUGGACACAUGUGCUAUUCUCCUGAAUCCAAGGUUUGUUGUGAUGGAGUUCUCUACAACCCCCAGCCUGGAUACAGCUGCUGUGAAGACAAAUAUUUCCCAUUUGCACUAAAUUCAACGGGAGUUUGUUGUGGUGGCAGAAUACGAGAGGCACAAGUAAACUAUCGGUGCUGCUCUGGGUAUUACGUUAGAAUUCUACCAGGUGAAGUAUGCUGUCCAGAUGAACAGCAUGAUCGAGUUUCUGUUGGCCUUGGUGACGCCUGCUGUGGCAGAAUGCCCUACUCCACCGCAGGACAUCAGACUUGCUGUGCGGGGAGGCUCCAUGAUGGCCACGGCCGACAGUGCUGUGGUGGACAGACUGUGAGCAAAGAUUUAGAGUGCUGUGGCGGAGAAGAAGGCGGCGUGGUGUACGUUCGCCUUCCAGGAAUGUUCUGCUGUGGGCAGGAUUAUGUGAAUAUGUCAGAUACUGUAUGCUGCUCAGCUUCCAGUGGACAGUCUAAAGCACAUGUUAAAAAGAAUGAUCCAGCCCCAGUAAAAUGCUGUGACACCCAGCUCAUACCAGAGAGCCAGAAAUGCUGUAAUGGAGUCGGAUAUAAUCCUUUGAAAUACGUUUGCUCUGACAAGAUUUCAGCUGGAAUGAUGAUGAAGGAAACCAAUCAAUGCGGGACCCUCUGCCCAGCGUCUAUGGAAGCAACCGCACAUUGUGGCAGGUGUGACUUCAACUUCAGCAGCCACAUCUGCACUGUGGUAAAAGGGUCUCCCAAUUCCACAGAGCAGGCAUCAAGUGAAGAAAUAUGUUCCUUUGCUGAAGAGAUUGUUCAUACAGGGGAUGCAAACAUAUACUCCUUCACAGAUGUAAACGUGGAGCCCUACACGCUGUACGAGUAUAGGAUCUCUGCAUGGAAUAGCUAUGGGCAAGGAGUCAGCCAAGCUGUUAGAGUCAGCACGAAAGAAGAUGUGCCACAAGGAGUGAGUCCCCCUCGGUGGACCCAAAUGGAUGAACUGGAGGAUGUAAUAGUCUUAAACUGGAAGAAACCAAUACAACCAAAUGGUCCUAUUAUUUACUACAUUCUUCUCCGAAAUGGAUUUGAACGCUUUCGGGGAACGUCACUGAGCUUCUCUGAUACCAAGGGGAUUCAGCCAUUUCAGGAAUAUUCCUACCAGCUGAAAGCGUGCACAGUUGCUGGCUGUACUGCCAGCAGCAAGGUAGCUGCAGCCACUACCCGAGGGGUUCCGGAGAGUGUCCUGCCGCCGAGAAUCUCAGCCCCAAGUGCGGACACCUUGCAUUUGAGCUGGAGCAUCCCUGAGAAGCCAAAUGGCGUCAUUGAAGAGUACCAGCUCCUGCAGGCUGGGAAAGGGCUCAUCUACACUGACACCACUGGCAGGAGGCAGCAUACGGUCACAGGUCUCCAGCCAUACAGGAACUACAGCUUCACCAUUACAGCUUGUACAUCUGCUGGCUGUGCUUCAAGUGAACCUUUUCUAGGUCAGACACUGCAGGCAGCUCCUCAAGGAGUUUGGGUGAUACCUCGACACAUCAUCGUCAAUUCUACGACAGUGGAGUUGUAUUGGAGUCAGCCAGAAAAGCCCAAUGGCCUCAUUUCUCAGUAUCAUUUGAGGCGUAAUGGAACCUUGGUUUUUCUGGGUGGCGGUGAGGAGCAGAAUUUCACUGAUAAAAACCUGGAACCCAACAGCAGAUAUGUUUACAAUUUAGAAGCUGCAACUGGAGGUGGCAGCAGUGCUAGUGAUGAUUAUGUUCUACAAACACCUGUAUGGACACCAGAAGAAGUCCAUUCUCCAUAUAAUGUAACAGUGAAUGGGCCUUAUUCCAUAUUUGCAGCUUGGACGCCACCAGGGAUUCUCAUGCCCCAAAUGCCUGUGGAGUACAAUGUCUUACUCAAUGCUGGAAGUGAAGCACCUCUGAUCUCCCCCGUUGGUCGUCAUUGUUCCAUUGUGCUGGACAAUUUAUCCCCGUUCACUGAGUAUGAGAUAAGGAUCCAAGCGUGUCAAAAUGGAGGUUGUGGAGUAAGCAGUAGGGUGUUUGCUAAAACAUCUGAAGCAGCCCCAAAGGAUCUUAGUUCCCCCACGCUUAAGGCAGUGGGGCCGGCUUGCGUAGAGCUUACAUGGACACCACCGAAAACACCAAAUGGAGUCAUCCUCAGCUACUUUAUUCACAGACGUACUGCUGGCACUGGAGAGGAGUUCCUUCUGUUUGUCUGGUCAGAAGGAGCCCUUGAAUUCACCGAUACCUCAGAUACUCUGAGGCCUUUCACGCUCUACCAAUACCGUGUCAGAGCCCAGAACUCCAGGGGCUCAGUGGAGAGUCUGUGGUCAUCAGCACGGACCCUGGAAGCCCCGCCUCAAGAUUUGCCAGCUCCCUGGGCUCAAGCCACCAGUGCUCAUUCGGUUCUGCUGAAUUGGACAAAGCCAGAAUCUCCCAAUGGCAUUAUUACCCAGUAUCAUGUGGUCUACCAAGAGAGACCAGACGGUCCAACAUUUAAUGUCUCUACUGUGCCUGCUUUCACAGUGAUGGGAACAUGCUACCAAGCUCACCUGUUUGGGUUAGAACCAUUCACAAAGUAUCACGUUGGUGUUGUGGCUACAAACCAGGCGGGAGAAGUUUCAAGCCCCUGGACUCUGGUUCAAACCUUAGAAUCCUCCCCAAGUGGACUGAGCAACUUGAUAGCAGAACAGAAAGAGAAUGGCCAAGCCUUGUUACUCCGGUGGUCAGAGCCUACCAGAACCAAUGGUGUGAUUAAGACUUACAGCCUCUUCAGCGAUGGUAUCCUGGAGUACUCGGGCUUGAAGCGUCAAUUUUUCUUCCGUCGCCUGGAUCCUUCCACUCUCUACACGCUGACCCUGGAGGCCUGCACCAGGGCCGGCUGUGCGCACUCAGCCCCCCAGCCUCUGCGGACAGACGAGGCCCCUCCUGACUCUCAGUUGGCUCCCACGGUUCAGUCUGUGGGGUCCACCAGUGUUGAGCUAAGCUGGUCUCAGCCUGUUAACACAAAUGGAAAGAUAAUUCGCUAUGAAGUGAUUCGCAGAUGCUUCGAGGGAAAAGCUUGGGGGAACCAGACAAUCCCCGCUGAUGAGAAAAUUGUUUUCAUAGAAUAUAAUACUGAAAAGAAUUCAUUUACGUAUAAUGACACAGGUUUGCGGCCGUGGACGCGAUAUGAAUAUAAAAUCAACACUUGGAACUCAGCAGGCCAUACCUGUAGCUCCUGGAAUGUGGUGAAGACGGAGCAAGCACCUCCAGAAGGUCUCUCUCCACCUGAGAUAUCCCACGUGUCUAUGCAUCCCCCAAGACUGCUUAUUUCCUGGGUCCCACCAGAACAGUCUAAUGGCAUUAUCCAGUCCUAUAGGCUUCAAAGGAACGGAAUGCUCUAUCCUUUCAGCUUUGAUGCUGUGACUUUCAAUUACACGGAUGAAGAGGUGCUUCCUGUCUCCACUUACAGUUAUGCAGUCCUAGCCUGCACAAGCGCAGGCUGCUCCACCAGCAAACCCACCAACAUCAAAACUCCCGAGGCUGCUCCAGAAGGGAUCAGCCCUCCAGCUCUUCGGGCCAUCAGUGCCACUCAAAUAAAUGUAUCUUGGUCACCACCAUCCAUUCAAAAUGGAAAGAUCACUAAAUAUCUCCUUAGGUUUGAUGGUAAGGAGUACCAUGCCGGGCAGGGCCACUCCAUGCUGCUUUCUCACCUGCGGCCUUAUACCCAAUAUAAUUUCUCCCUAGUAGCCUGCACCAAUGGUGGUUGUACGGCUACCGGGUCCAUAUCCGCCUGGACAUUGGAGGCCCCACCACAGAACAUGGACGCUCCAACAUUGCAAGUCACAGGCUCAGAAUCAAUAGAAAUCACCUGGAAACCUCCGAGAAAACCAAAUGGCCAAAUCAGAAGUUACGAGCUUAGGAGGGAUGGAGCCAUUGUAUAUACUGGACUAGAAACUCGCUAUCAUGAUUUCACCCUCACCCCGGGUGUGGAGUAUGGCUACACGGUGACUGCCAACAACAGCCAAGGUGGUCUUAUGAGUCCGCUCGUCAAAGAGCGAACGAACCCCUCAGCUCCGUCAGGGAUGGAACCUCCGAAAUUGCAGUCCAAGGACUCUCAGGAGAUCUUAGUGAAUUGGGACCCUCCAGUGAAGACAAAUGGUGAUAUUGUCAACUACACCCUCUUCAUCCGCGAGCUGUUUGAAAGAGAAACAAAAAUCAUACACGUAAACACAACUCAUAAUUCUUUUGGUACACGGUCAUUUGUAGUCAGUCAGCUACAGCCAUUUCAGAGGUAUGAAGUUCGCAUUCAAGCGUGCACCAUGCUGGGAUGUGCGUCCAGUGACUGGACACCCAUAGAGACCCCUGAAACUCCACCUCUGAUGCAACCCCCUCCCCACCUAGAGGUACAGAUGGCUCCAGGAGGAUUCCAGCCCACCGUUACCCUCGUGUGGGCAGAGCCACUUCAGCCAAAUGGAAAAGUUCUGUAUUAUGAACUGUACCGAAGGCAAAUAGCAACUCAGCCUGGAAAAUCAAACCCAAUGCUGACCUAUAACGGAAGCUCCAGCUCUUUCAUUGAUUCUGAGCUGUUGCCUUUCACAGAAUAUGAGUAUCAGGUCUGGGCAGUGAAUUCAGCAGGAAAAGCACCCAGUAGCUGGACAUGGUGUCGAACCGGGCCUGCCCCUCCUGAAGGUCUCCAAGUUCCCAAGUUCCAUGAAGUCUCCUCUACCCAAGCAGUGGUCACCAUCAGCGCCCCUGUGAAACCCAACGGGGUCAUCAGUCUCUACAGGCUAUUCUCCAACACCACCAGCGGGGCCGAGACGGUGCUGUCUGAAAGCACGGCCACCCAGCAGACCCUGCACGGCUUACAGCCCUUCACCACCUACUCCAUCGGCGUGGAGGUCUGCACCUGCUUCAACUGUUGCAGCAAAGGACCAACAGCUGACCUGAGGACUCAGCCUGCUUCACCCUCAGGACUUCCCUCUCCUCAAAUCCAGACACUGGCCUCGAGGACGGCUUCCUUCCAGUGGAGUCCCCCCCUGUCCCCUAAUGGUGUCAUUCAAAGCUAUGAGCUCCACCUCUCCGUGGUUUGCCCUCUGCACGCAUCCCUGCCCUGCACUCCCAGCCAAGCGGAGACCAAGUACAUGGGGCCAGGGCGGCAAGCCAGCCUUGGGGGCCUCCAGCCUUACACCACCUACAGGCUGAGAGUGGCCGCGCACAAUGAGGUGGGCAGCACGGCUUCCGAAUGGAUCAGCUUCACCACCCACAGAGAAUUACCUGAGUACCGAGCCCCGUUUUCUGUGGACAGCAACCUGUCUGUGGUGUGUGUCAACUGGACCAGCAGCUUCCUUCUGAACGGCCCCCUGAAGGAGUACGUGUUGCUGGACGGAGCACAGCGCGUGUACAGCGGCGUUGACGCCCUGCUCUACAUCCCAAGGACUGCGGACAGAACCUUCUUUUUCCAGGUCAUCUGCAGUACAGAUGAAGGAAGUGUGAAGACACCUUUGAUCCAAUAUGAUACCUCGACUGGGCUUGGCCUGGUGCCCACGCCUCCUGGAGAAAAGAGGGGGUCGGGGAGCAAAGGCACAGCAUUCUACAGCGAGCUGUGGUUCAUCGUGCUAAUGGCCAUCCUAGGCUUGAUCUUGCUGGCCAUUUUUCUGUCCCUAAUACUACAAAGAAAGAUCCACAAAGAGCCGUAUGUCAGAGAGAGACCACCUUUAGUUCCUCUUCAGAAGAGGAUGUCUCCACUCAGUGUCUACCCGCCAGGGGAAUCCCACGUGGGAUUAGCUGGCACCCAAAUUCCUCGGUCUGGGACACCUGUGAGUAUCCGGAGCACUCGGAGUGUGUCUGUUCUGCGAAUCCCAAGUCAAAGCCAAAUCAGCCAAACCUAUUCCCAAGCAGGCCUCCAGCGCAGCGUCAGCCAGCUCACGGACAUUCAAGACAAGGAAGCCUUGGCUGCUGACUCGCUGUGGGAAACCAUCAUGGGCCACGACAGUGGACUGUACAUGGAUGAAGAAGGCCUGAUGAACGCCAUCAAGGGUUUCAGUUCAGUGACCAAGGAACACACCACAUUCGCCGACACCCACCUGUAG